AAUGAGAACUUUCACCGGAUUUCAUAAUAGUCUUAGCUGAGAGACGGACAAGCGGACAGCGGUGCUAUGCCAGUUCCGACAUGAAGCUAGCCGCCAUCGCCUUUGUCAACGUAAUUGUGCUCUCAGGUGCUAUCAUCGGUGAUAAGGAGAAAUAUGACCGGUUCAUAAUAGCGUGCCAUACGACUGACUUCGAGUGCUUCAAGCGACAGUACAGAUCACUACGAGACACCGUACUCUUGGGCAGUCUGCACUUCGCUAUCGACUUCUACAAGCCGUAUCUCUUCCGCUACGGUGAUAGCGGCACCUGCAUCAAGCUGUCCGGACUCGAAGAGAGCGAACUCGUUGGCAUCAGCAUGGACAGCGACAGCAAGGAGUACCUGCUGACGCUGGAGUUGCCGCUGCGAAUCCAGCAGACCACCAACAAGACGGAGAUCUGCAUGAAACCUGACGUUGAAUUUAAAAAUGUUGGACCUCACAUCGGUCCGUAUCGAAGCUUUAACGGAAACGCAACAAUAAAAGCCACAUUCCCUUACGAGCUUCGAAAAAGAAAAGGCGACAUGUAUUUGUUGCUUAAAGAAGAAGACCUGGACGUUAUCUUAGACAUACCGGACCUGAGGCCGCCUAUCAGAUUGAUGUCCAACGAAGGUGGCAGCGGUUACGAGAUAUCAGAGUGGGCAUACGAGGUGGUAGAACAUAUCGACGCGGCGCGCCACUUCGCGCUGCCCUACACCACCAACAUACGACUCUUCUCCUCAACAGUUCCUGUACACAAAUACCUUUUGCUAUAUCCGGAAGAAGAAUACGCAGAUUUGAAGUUCGCAUUCUACGAUUCCGAUUAAUAAAACUUAGUUAUAAUCA